CAGAGUCCGUCGUCGCGUUCACAUCCCUUUUCCGAACCAGGAUCCUCCUACGUUCGCCCGACACGACGCGACGCGACGCGACGGACGAACCGCGAGACGUCGAGCCACGUCCUCGACCACGUGAAACACCCUGGUGAAAGACACGAGACGCGUAUCAGAGAACAGACCCGCGACACCGCGAAACUUUACACGGUGUCUCCUUCGACGAGCGAUCCGCGUCUUGAACCGUGCGACGAUGCUCCUCCUCUACGAGAAACGAUAGUUCGACGAGCGCAUCUGACGGCAUGGUUCUAAGAGAAGUCGCGGGAAAAGUGACCACGAGGAAGUCACGUCGAAUCUAAACCAACGAGCGAAAAGCGACAUCGAUGAGAUUGGUAAAUCGCGGGCAAGGUGCAGAGCGAGGGAAACGCGUCGCGUAGGAGAUGAGACAAUUUCUCUGCGUGCAAAGUGAAAAACGUUCUCGUGGAAUACUUGUACGAUUAGGAAAAUGAUUCUUAAACAUUGGACGCUGUGAUGUUAAGACGAUGGCCCUGAGAGUUGCAAUGUUUACAUUGUACAGUUUUUAAAGUUGUUACUGUGGUUCGAUAGAAGGUUUGAUAAAAGCUAUUUUCUCUGAAACACACGACGCUUUACACUUUUUCUUCUUGGAUCAUUUGGGCUUCCUUCAGUGAAACAUGGAGGAGCCGCGACGUUAAUCGGAUAAAAAGGACGCCGCCCUCGAUGAUCCCUGGACACUCUUCGGGUUAUCGAGUGACGCCAAUGGGGAACGGACGGGUAAAAGACGAUGAGAAUUAGCUGUAAUGCUAUGGAAAUUGGAGCGAAGUGAACGACAUUGGUGAAGCGCGAAGAAACUGGCAACUGGGUGGAGCAUCGCGACGCUGGAAUAUCUUUUCGUCUUUGUUCGGCCGUUCGACGCUCUGUCCUGCGGGACGUUCAUCGUGGGAACUUUCUCCAAGUGGCGAAAUCGAGAGGAUGCGAGCUGAACAGAUUCGUGAAACAGAGUCCAGCGGAGAGAAUCGAUUUGCUACAUCGAAAUUUUCAAAAUAACCAGACAACAAAAAGCUUCGAAGAAAUCCCAUACAACAGCCUCGACGAUAAAUAACAGUCUACAAAAUGCCCAACUGCAGCAACCUUGAUUUCCUCACGGACGAAGAGUACAAGGAGUGCGUAUGGGACUACAUAUUCCCGAGUGCCCUGGAGUGGGUGCUGAUCGCGUCCCACGGCGUUAUUUUCGUCGCUGGAUUGCUGGGGAACGCGCUCGUCUGCAUCGCCGUGUACAGAAACCACACGAUGAGAACCGUCACGAAUUACUUUAUCGUGAACCUGGCGGUGGCUGAUUUUCUGGUGAUACUGCUCUGUCUUCCCUUCACCGUGGUGUGGGACAUCACUGAGACGUGGUUCCUCGGUCUGGCUCUCUGCAAAACCGUCCCUUAUCUCCAGACAGUGUCGGUGACCGUGAGCAUAUUGACCCUAACUUUCAUAUCCAUAGACCGAUGGUACGCGAUAUGCUUCCCUCUCGACUUCAAGACGACAACGGGACGAGCGAAAACUGCGAUCAUCGGAAUCUGGGCGGUAGCGUUACUAUUUGAUAUCCCGGAACUAGUGGUGCUCCACGUAACUCCGCCGAGACACCUCAGAGUGAAGAUGAUCGUGUUUACGCAGUGCAGCAUAUCUUGGAGCUCGGAGAGUCAAAUCACUUUUACCGUCAUCAAGCUGAUCUUCCAUUACAUUGGACCACUGAUCUUCAUGAGCGUAGCCUACUGGCAGAUCAUCAGGGUCCUCUGGAGGAACAACAUUCCUGGACAUAACCUGCCGGCACGGGCCUCGCAGUUGAGCCAAACUCCUCCUUCCGGAGGAGGAAAUCCCGAGGGACAGCUGAGAUCCCGACGCAAGGCAGCGAAAAUGUUGGUCACGGUUGUCAUCACCUUUGCCAUCUGCUUCUUCCCUGUCCACGUAUUCUCCAUUAUCAGAUACACCAUAAAGCUACCGUCGAGCAAGACGAUGAACUCUGUCACCCUAAUCAUACACGGCCUCUGCUACUUCAAUAGCGCGGUUAAUCCUUUGAUCUACAACUUCAUGAGCGGAAAAUUUCGAAAGGAAUUUAGGCGUUCAUUUCGAUGCACGCGAGGAAAUGAUUCGCGUUUUCAACGCGGGUACCUCGCGAGUUCAUCUAAUCUACCUAGAAUAAAUAAAUCUCGGACCACGACAACACGAAUAACAUCAAAAAAUAACAACAACGUUCAACGAAACACGGAGAUUAUACCGCUGAGUGCUAUAACGACUGAUCAACAAAACGAAAAACACGAGUGAUCGUAAGUACAUCUCGGUGAACGUGACUCUCAGACGCCCAGUAGGAUUCAUAAGUGUAAUUUAUUUACAUGUAAUUUAAACUGUAAUGGUAAGAUAUACGGUAAUCGAUAAUUACAUGAAAAGACGCUAUGUUCCAUUGGAUAGAAUUUAAAUAACAGAUGAAACUUGGAAAAUCGAUUGUAUUUUGUUUCCACUUUCGUAAAAAUUGGUAGACACUGGAAUUUUAUCCGAAUAUGAUGAUGUAAUAAAACAUCGAAUUACUUUAAAUGUACUUAUUGCGAUAAUAAUAAUAGUUAUCGGUGGACAAGUUCAAAAUUCGUUCUCGCAAAGCGUCAACUAAAACGAUAGAUGCGCGUGCACGUUUGCACGUUAUUCUUUGUAAUCGAAUCAUCGUAUUCGUGAUCGUUAUUGUACCUAUCAUUUUUUAACAAUAUUCCAAAGGCGCUGAUGAAUCGUAUAUAAAAAGUUGAAUAAGAUAUAUCUAUGUAACUACUACUACUACUACUACUACUGCUACUACUACUACUACUACUACUACUAUGUUAUAAAUAUAAUGCAACGUAAAUCUCGUACUGUGAACAAUAUUCCUAAUAUUUCACGUAAACUCAAUGGAACCUAUCUUUAAUUCACUAAUAUUACAUUUUCAUCACGUACGAGGAUUAUUUAACACAGGAAU